GCGGAGGCUUCAGCAAGCAGACUGUUUCGAAAAACAAACUAGAGUUAGAAACGAACACCUUGUUCAUAAGAAAAUCGUUUAUUUUCCAAGUUGCACAAUUGUUUUGCGUUCUCAUUGUUAUAAGAGCUUGAAAAAUUACAGAAUAACCAUGCCUCCAAAAAAAGGCAUUGCUUUCGGAAAAAUUGGAUCUUUUGGACAACUUUCUAUAAGUACCCAACCUGCAACCAAAAGUGAAGAUAGUGGCUUUGGAAAAUUUGGGAAAUCUGAUGAAGAAUUUCGUGUUGAGCCAACAGCAGACGUAGAACGGGCAAUGGGUUUUCAAGGAUUUGGAAAGAAUAAAGCAGCUCCAGUAAAAAAUUUUGACCUGGAAAGUCUUGUUGAACAGAGCAAACAAGUAGCAAGAGAACGUAAUGCACUAAAAGUUAAUGAAGUGGUAAACUCAAUUGAAGAAGAAGUUACUGAAGAAAUGAUUGGGCCUACUCCACCCCCUCAAAAAACAGAAUCAAUUUCCAAGGAAAGUGAGAAAAGUAAAGUUUCAUCAGCUCCAAAAAAGUCUUCUAAGUUAACCACGAGGACUCAUAGUGAUGAUGAAGAUGUUGAUAGUAGUGAUUCUGAUGAUGACGAAACUGGAACUUAUAUUCCAGCAGCAUUGGAAGUGAAUCUAAAUCAUGGUACUAAGCCUGUGUCAGCUCUUAGUGUGGAUCAUUCUGGUGCUCGACUGAUAUCAGGAUCUGUGGAUUAUGAUGUUAAGUUAUGGGACUUUGCAGGAAUGAGCUCCUCUUUACAAAGCUUCAGAACUAUAAGACCAUGUGAAAGUCAUCCUAUCUUGGAUUUACAUUAUUCCAUCACAGGGGAUGCCAUUCUUAUUAUAUCAGGCACUGCUCAGGCCAAAGUUGUCGAUCGUGACGGAUACGAAAAAGCUGAGUGCGUUAAAGGAGAUCAGUACAUCACAGAUAUGGCAAGGACAAAGGGUCACAUAGCUUCACUUGUGGGAGGGUGCUGGCAUCCAAGAGACAAAAUGGAAUUCUUGACCUGCUCUCAAGAUGGAACUUGUCGUAUAUGGAAUGUGGAUGACGUGAAACAACACAAGGGAAUCAUGAAAAGCCGUUCUCAAAAUGGUUUAAGAGCGGCUCCUACGAGCUGCACUUAUAGCAGAGACGGGAAUUUGAUUGCGUGUGCCUGCAAUGACGGCUCUAUACAGAUGUGGGAUCACCGCAAAAUGUUUGUAAAUACGUCCGUACUGAUUCGUAAUGCUCAUCAAUCCGGCACUGAAACUUCCAGCAUCGUUUUCGCCUACGAUGGUCGUAACGUAGCUACGCGUGGAGGUGACUCCACCUUAAAACUCUGGGAUAUACGACAGCCGAAAUCCCCCGUCCAUUCGGCUGGAGAUCUCUUCUCUAGAUUUAGCAUGACAAAUUGUGCAUUUAGUCCCAAUGACCGACUUUUGUUGACUGGUACAUCCUUUCAAAAGGGUGAAAGUGGCGGCAAAGUAGUGUUUCUAGACAGAAAUACGUUCGAGUGCGUUCACGAAAUUGAUGUUCCAAAAGCACACGUCGUUCGUACCCUAUGGCAUCCGAAACUCAACCAGAUCAUUGUUGGUGCUGGUGACGGCAACAUUCAUUUGUAUUACGAUGCUGCCAAGAGCCACAAUGGGGCGAAACUUUGUCUUGGCAAACCCAAAAGAAUCAGACCGCAUGAAAUGAUGUCUACGGUGCGUGUCAUCACACCUCACGCGCUUCCAAUGUUUCGUGAGGACAAACCUAGAUCCACCCGAAGAGCGAUGGAGAAGGCCCGAAAGGAUCCACUAUUGUCCAAACAACCUGAUCUUCCGAUCGGAAAUAAAGGUUCCGGUGGUCGAGUGGCGACAUCAGGCAGUACCUUGUCGUCAUACAUCGUUCGAAAUUUAGGCAUUGCAAGCCGGAUUGAGGAUGAAGGCAACCCAAGAGAAGCCAUUCUUAGGCAUGCUAGUGCUGCGGCCGCAAAUCCAUAUUGGGUCUCCCCCGCAUAUUCUAAAACACAGCCCAAACCUAUCUGGGCACCUGAAAAUAACGAUGGCGAUGAAGAACCAGAAGCCAAAAAAGGAAAAUUGAACUAAGGACGACACGAUUGCUCAUAUCUUCCAAAGUUUAUCCUGUUUUUGUUUGCGCCCUUAAUACGAUUUCGAUUUUAUUUUUGAAUUGAUUGCAAUACUCGCACAUCAUAGACGAAUGAUGACAAGAA